AUAGAAGUGAUGCAGUUGAGCUUCCUAUGAAAUUCAUUCCUCAGUAUGCUGGUUGCUACCGCUGUCAGAUUCUUCUGAAGUCCUCCUGGGAUGUUCGUGUGUAUGAGAUUGAAUGUGUAGUAAAUACAGGCCAUGCUGAAGCAGAGCUUGAAUUUCUAACUCCAGCUUAUCAGGCAGUGAUUCAGGAUAUUCCAAUAAGUAACGUGUCCAGCCAGAACUGGAAACUUAAAGCAAUUUUGGAAGGACAGGGUUUUUAUGGCCCUCCUUUAAUAAACGUGGGUCUGGGUGAAACAGCUGUUUAUCCUCUCAUGUUCAAGCCUAUUGCUGAGUGCGUAACAACGGGAAGGCUUAUUCUGCGAAAUGUUACAGCUGGCACUGAAAACAUCUUUAGCCUUAAGGGAAUAGGGAAGAAACCUCUGGCACAGGAUCGUAUUGUGAUAGAUUGCCAAGUAAGAAAGGUCACUCGAAAAAUUUUAUUGGUGCCCAAUUAUACAAAGAGCAAGUUAACGUACAAGGUAUCUUCAGAUCUUUCAAUGGUGGGUGGUGCACCUGUUAUUACUGUAGAACCAGAUGACACUGUUGCUUACACAUUGAGUGUAUCUCCGUGGAGACGAGGAAUCUUUCGAGGUGUAAUUUCAUUUGUUGCUGAAGAUGAAGACCAACAGCAGUCUCAACAUAACAGCUCACUAGAGAAGACAGAUGGAGAACAGGCCCUUCAGAAAUUGUCAACAGAGACACCACAAACUGUUGAUGCAGCACACACUG